GAAUUGAACAUUAUUAAAUAAAACUUAUCCAAAGAUCUCCUUAGAAUAUAUCCUGAUACAACACAAAUGUCAUGAACCAUCUGAUUGUCAAAAUUCUUGUACUCAAUUCUUUUAUCAUUCUCAAAAAUCUAUCAUGUUCAUCUUCAAAUACAAAAUUCAUGUAAUCUGUUAACAUGCACCGUUCAUCUCUUAUCCAUAAUGGCUCGAAGAGAGAUUAUCCAGAUCCACAUAGGCCAAGCUGGCGUCCAGAUGGCCAACGCGUGUUGGGAGCUGUACUGCCUGGAACACGGCAUAAAACCUGACGGUACCAUGUACGAUCCAAACCAUGCCGAAGAUAGUUAUAGUUCUUUUUUUAAUCUUACCGCCUACGGACAAGCAGUACCGAGAGUCACUAUGAUCGAUUUAGAACCAACUGUAAUUGACGAAAUUCGAACUGGGUGCUAUAGAAAACUUUUCAGUCCUUCGCUUCUGCUUACCGGUAAAGAAGAUGCGGCUAAUAAUUUUGCUAGAGGAAGGUACGGUAUUGGAGAAGAAAUGCUGGAAUUAAGUUUAGAUAGGAUAAGGAGGAUGGUUGAAGAAUGUGGAAAUAUGCAGGGUUUCAUUAUAUUUAGAGCUUACGGAGGAGGGACCGGUGGCGGUUUAGGCUCUCUCUUCCUCCAACAACUUAGCCAAGAGUUCACCAAAGUCUCUAUCUUAGAAUUUGUCCUGUUUCCUUCACCAGUACUUUCAAAUAUAAUAGUAGAACCAUACAAUACCGUCCUUGCCACGCAUGCUUCCGGAGAAUAUCAAGAUCUUGCUUUUAUUAUGGACAACGAAGCCAUGUAUGAUAUAUUGUGCGAAAAGUUAGAUAUUUCUAGACCUACUUUUACCAAUGUCAACAGAAUAAUAGGACAAAUUGUAUCCAACGUGACAGCUUCUCUAAGAUAUGAAGGCGCCAUUAACGUGGAUCUUAGGGAGUUCCAAACCAAUUUGGUACCAUAUAAAAGAAUACAUUAUCCGCUUAUAACAUUUGCACCCUUCAUUCCAUUGACCAGACUUUUCCACGAACAGUCAUCGGUAGCGUCUUUGACAAAUUCAUGUUUUAGUAAUGGCAGCCAGUUGAUUAAGUGUGAACUUCAAGCAGGUAAAUACAUGUCUUGUUGUCUGCUUUAUCGUGGUAACGUAACUCCUGUAGAUGUCAACAACGCCAUAGUCAGCCUCAAAAAUAAAAGAGUUGUGCAGUUUGUCGAUUGGAGUCCAGCAGGUUACAAAGUGGGCAUUAAUUACAUGCCGCCAGUUGCUGUACCAGGUGGUGAUUUGGCCAAGAUCAAUAGAGCAGUCACAAUGUUGGCUAAUACUACAGCCCUCAAAUUUUCGUGGCAGAAGCUUUUGAGUAAGUACAACCUUAUGUUGAGCAAGAGAGCGUUUGUGCACCAUUUUGUUGGAGAAGGCAUGGAGGAAAGUGAAUUUUCGGAUGCCAAGGAAGAUUUAAAGGCGCUCAUCUCUGAUUAUAGUGAAAUAGACACAUAAUGGAAUAAAGACACAAGCUGUAUAGAUGAUGUUGAUUGACACUGGAACCAUUAAUAAGACGACGAGUUUGUAUUUAAGCAGAAACGAAUUAAACUAUUAAAACUUCUAAAUAUUUCUCUCUCUUAUUACAGGAUGUACCACUCAAAUUCGAAUUUAAUAUACUCUAUUUCAAUUCCAUGUAUGGUAUUAAUAUAAAACGAAAUAUAUUUCUAAAUGUAAACCCCAUACAAUAAAUAAAUGAUUACACAAAUGAAUAUGAAAAAUAUCGGUGUAUACCAACUUAUAUCUAUGUAUUCUAAACUCGCAACAUAUCUACUUAUUAAAAUUGAAUUCACA